AUGAAUGCAAUAGGAACAUUUGCACCACCAAUAUUCAUAUUUCCUAGAAAAAGAAUAAAAAAUGAGUUGAUGGAUAGCGCUCCAUUAGACAAAGGCCAAGUUACUCAUAAAAGCUUGGCAGUUUUGAAAUAUGCAAAAGAAAAUAGUGUUGUAAUAUUUUGUUUUCCAGCACACUGUACGCACCGAGUCCAACCACUUGAUGUUGUAUUUUUUGGUCCAUUACAGACAUAUUAUGAUCAAGAGAUUCAGACAUGGCUAAGGAAACAUCCCGAUAGAGUAAUGACACAUUUCCAGGUUCCUGGACUUUUGAACAAUGCAUAUUUAAAAAUUGCAACUUUAGCAAAGGCUGUGCACGCUUUUGCCAAAACUGGAAUAUAUCCUUUCAAUCCCAAUAUUUUUGAAGACUGGAUGUUUGUGCCUUCAUUAACAACAUAA